GAAGGAGCACACAGCUUCAGCUGGCUUGCCGUGGACAGGUGUGUGUGGACAGAAUGGGCUUCAGUGCGCUCCUGUGUGCCUGUGUUGUAGCACUGUGCGGCGCCGCUCCGUUUACACAGAGUGACGAGCCUGACUACGACAGACCGAUUAUCGGGAUUCUGACGCAAGAGGUUGAUGAUUAUAUGAAAAAGUUUGGAGAGACAUACAUCCCUUCAUCAUAUGUGAAGUACAUCGAAUCCGGGGGAGCUAGAGUUGUGCCGAUUAGGCUAAACCAGAGUUUUGCAGAGCAUGAAAAAAUCUUCAGGUCAAUAAAUGGUCUUCUUCUCAUCGGAGGCUCUGUGAAUCUGGAGACAUCUGACUUCGCUCACACCGCUGGGAUUUACUUUAGACUUGCCCUUAAGGCGAAUGAAGAGGGUGAAUACUUCCCCAUCUGGGGAACAUGCCUGGGAUUUCAGCUGCUCACGGUGCUGGUGGCUGGAGAAAACCUGUUGAGUAAGACAACUGCAGAGAAUGUCACUUAUCCACUCAACUUCACCUCAGGUACUUAG